AUGACUACGUCAUUCAAAGGAAGUCGACCUUCUUCAUCAGAGUUGGUGGAACUUCAUGUUUUUUAUGUCCCUGAAGGAUCAUGGAACUAUAAGCUAAAUACUAUUUCGGUAGAAGUUGUCAGUAAAUUUAUUUCAGCUGGAUUUAUAAGGGUGUCGCCUCAUCUUACUUUGCAAGCCCUGAGGGAGCAGCUGGGUGAGUUCCUUGGUGAAGAGGCUGUUGCAGAAAAAUUCUUGUUUUUGAAAUGCAUAGGGAACAAUUUAGCUGUGGUGAAGACAAAGCAAGAAAAAGAACUAAAGCUUAAGUCAUUUGCUCCACCAUAUGCUCUUCAACCAGAAUUAUAUUUGCUUCCCAUAGUGGACCACUUAGGAAAUAUUUAUUCAUCAUCAUCAUCCUCUGCUAUGGGAGAUACGCAGCAGAACAAUGCUGAAGUUUGUGAGAAUGAUAAAACUACUCAGAAACCAGAUAGUUAUGCACCAUCUUCAAACAAGGAACAUGAAAAAGAUCCAAUCCUUGUAGAAAAUACUGAUAAAGUUCCUCCCCUCAAGAAUCAGGAAGAAGGUCAAAAGAAUAAUGAAGAAGAACCUGUUGGGUCCCGUGAUGAUUUAAGUCUUGCAAAUAUAGAAACUGGAAACAGUUCAGCUAUUUCAAAAGUCUGUAUAAAAAUGAAUCCCGAUAAAAUUUGGGAAGAAUGUGAUAGUGUUGUGACUUGGAAUAAGGUCAAAGAUCAGACUCAAAGACACAGUGCUCACAUUUUGCUCAGAAGAAAAGUCAGCCUAAAAGACAACAAGAUUAAAAAAUAUCCAGCAAGAAAGUAUGGAUUUCUAGAAGCAAUAGAUGAUAAGCGUCUUUUUCUUGCACAAAACAAAAAAAGCCAAUUCCAGUGGGAAAACGGAGACAAGAUAACUGAUACCAGUAGAAGAAAAGAAGAUGCGUUAGGUGAUGAAGAUUUUGACAAGCCACCAGGUCCUUCUGCUCCUCCUUCAUUACCACUCCUUGCUUUUGCUCCAGGAAUGAUUGAAAAUUCUGCAUUACAAAAUGAGAAACCUGAGAUGGAACCUUUGCCAUGGAGGCAAAUAAUGUACAGCCACAAAGAAAGUAACAGUCAAGGCCUCAAGAUUAUGCAACAAAUGAAGCAAGUAAAGGAAGAAAGAUGUCAGUUGGAAGAGACUAGAGAAGAACUGUUAAAAAGAGUUAAAAGUUUAUUUGAACAAAGCAAAAUGAAAAGAUAUCGUGUCCAGGAAGCUUGGAAGAAAAAGUAUUUUGAAACCAAGAAAAUCACAGCUUCUUUGGAGGAAGUUUUAACCAAACUUCAAGAAGAUUUAGAACUUUAUUAUAAAAAAUUGCUCAUGCAGCUAGAAGCUAGGGAGAUCAAGAUGCGGCCCAAAAAUUUGGCAAAUAUGGAAGAUUCAAAGAAUAAUCUUAUAAUCCAAAUCACUGAGGUACAGCACGCAAUUGACCAACUAAAGAGAAAACUGGACACUGACAAAAUGAAACUCAUGAUAGAAAUUAAGAUGAGAAAACAAGCAAUUUCAGACAUACGAACAUUAAAAAUGGAACUGGAACAGAAGAAAAUGAAGGCACCUUUAAGCUCCUAG